AUGUAUGUGAAAUGGUUUGAUACAGUAAUGUUAUACUAUGUGAUUUUAGUGUAUUUAGUGAAUGUCACUUUUUGUCAUUUUCAAAUUUCCCGCCAUUCCGUCCCCGUACGUCCCGACGCUCGCAGGGGACGGAACCCAGAGGACAGAUGCCAGCAUCCGCUGGAGGACAUUACAUGUGACGCUGCAGGAGGGACAUCGCGGGAGCGCAGGACAAGGUAAGAGAACAACAGAUCUGCGCUGCAUGGUAAGCCCGAGUGUAGCUCGGGGUUACUGCUUGUGCUACACUCGGGAAUACCGCCAGGGGGGU